UGAAUAGAAUCUCCAGCACUGGUACUGCAGAGGGAGUGGGAUUCGAACCUGGUUUUUCGAGUGUGAGAGGUAGUGUUACGCGUUGCACAUAAUGUGCAUCUUUCAUUCAGUCUUAGCAGCGCUUGUCUAUGGCAGGGUCGCGGCGGUCUGGAGCCUAUCCCGGAAAGAAGAGGGGCCAGCAGUAGAUCGCAGAGCACCCCCACCCCCACAGAGUCAUUACUACGCGCUUUCACCUGAAACACGUACUUGAAGAAAGUUUCAUAAACCAAUGGAUACAUGAUGUACUUCACGCCUGCACGUGAAGAGAGAGAGAGUGCAUAAACACCAGCUGGAACAGCGCGUUUGAAUGGAAAAAAAAAUGCAUUAAAACUACACUGUGAAUCCUGCAUUUCAUUAGUGAUCUAACAUGUUUUAUACCGUGCCAUAAAAAAAAAAGAGUGAAUAAUCGUAAAUUGGUUACAGCUGUAAGUCGCUUGGGAGAAAAGUGUAGGGUAAACGAAACGUUAAUAAAACAAACCGUUGGGGAAAAAAAAAAAAAAAACCCGCGGCAACAUCAUCCACUGGAACAGCAGCUUUCCGUCGCGCACGUGCAGUGCGAAGCGCACAAACAGCGAACGUAUCGCCGCGUUUCAGCUUCGCGUGUGAGAGGGGCGGCGUCACGCGCGCACCCGUACGUCAGCCCCCUGUUGGUCCGCGUGAGCGCAAUCGUCUUUUUUUUUGUGUAUUUUGUCGUUUCUCCACCUUCCCAGUGGGAUGCCUUCGCUGUUCGCCGCCCCCAUGUUGUGCAAGCGCGCGCGCACACGCACACUCGCCACGACACGCACUGCAUUCCUGCCAGCGCGCUCUACGUAAGCGCUGCUUGAUCUGGAGCAAAGUUGUCCGAGGCCCUCGAUUUCUGCCGACUGCUCUUUUACAGCAAGAAACUAAAGCACCUUCGCACCAGAAACAACAAUGGCGUCGUGCUCCCUUCUAAAUGUGUACAAGGUGGCCCUGCUGCUCAUAGCAGCGCCGUGCUUCUUCUGCGAAGACACCUUCCGAAGCAGAGGCUUUGCUGCGAGGUCAGGUGCUCCUCCAGAAGCGGCAGAGUUUAACGGGACUCUGUACGCAAGCUGCAGAAUGAAGCCGAGCACCAAACUGGCCGAGGGCCUGCCCAAGGUGUACGGGCAGGUACUCUUCAAGCAGGCCUUCCCGACCGGGCCGCUUCACAUGAUGAUCAGUCUGAAAGGCUUCCCCACUGUGGGCCACCAGCAGAGAGCCAUCCACAUUCACCAGUACGGCGACUUAAGCAAUGGCUGCGACUCCACCGGGGGCCACUACAACCCCUUGGGGGUUGACCAUCCUGGCCAUCCUGGUGACUUUGGGAACUUUGUUCCGCACGACGGCAGGAUCUGGGCGCAGAAAAGCGAAAGGGCCACGCUCUCCGGGAGGCUAUCGGUGCUGGGUCGGGCCGUGGUCGUCCACGAGAAGGAGGAUGACCUCGGCCUUGGGGGAGACGCGGGCAGCCUUCUGCACGGGAACUCUGGACGUCGGCUCGCCUGCUGCAUCAUUGGGAUCUCCAGCGACAAGCUCUGGAACAAGGCCGUGCGCCAGCCUAGGAGGAAUUAAGUGAGGGGGUCAUGUGAGCUGCACCAAGAGGGGCCACAUGAUCUACGCCGUACCAAAGCGUUUCCCCUCUCGCUCACUCUACAGCCUCCUAAGGAACAUGCUCUUUUCCUACACAUAGGUUCAUGAUGCACAACUUCAUACCCCUCAAGCUAUUACUUUUGCCUAAAAGAAAAUAUCAGAAGCAUUUUGUAUCAGAAAUACCACUUUACUCAAAUGUACAUUCUGAAUAUUGUUCAAUGAUCGAUAGCUGCAGAUCAACCUCAAGUGGAUAGUCAUGCAAACAAUGUAAACCAGAAUAUAUCUGUUACUCUUCACAAACAUAACCUGCGUUUCUUAAGAAUGCUCACAGCUUACAGUAGCUCUAUUUAAAAGUCAUAUGUUUUUGCACGCUUUCUACAGACCUUAAAAUAAACUGGUAAAUGUACGCUUAGGGUUAUUGCUUUUUUGCACUGCAGGUGUGAACUUGAUGUGAAAGCAUCUUAAAUGUGUUAGAAAAUCCACUGUGCUGCAAGCAAACAGGUCAGCAAAUGGGUUAAUAAAAAUAAAUAUGUAAGAGAACCUGACACAGCAGACAGUGCAAAUAGUUGACCGGGAUUGAGCUCUAUUUAUCUUCCACGUCUUAUACGGUUUUCUUUCCUACGCUAAAUAAACUAGGAAUAAAUAUACUGUAUAUUUCUAACAAAAUACAUGAACGCACUGGAUAAAACUGAAGACGGUGUUGGUGCCACGGGUGCGUUUAUCACGUCCUCCGAUGGAACGUGUACGGACGAUGCGAAACACCACGGGAGUUUAGGAACGAGGCGGCACGUCAAAGCUGAGGGCUCCCGCAACAGCGCGCUACACAAACGACGAAGACGUGAGUCACAGAGCGAAGCAAAUCUCACAUCAGCCAUGCCACACGCCCGUCUUAAUUGCAAGGGGAGGUCACUGGGGUGGCAUAAAACCCUUCUUGUUCUGGGUGUUCCUCCUCUUUACCCACAAAGCAGACAGCGGAGGAGAAGCUCUUGAGUCCAGGCGCCAACUCUGUCUCCCGUGCAAAAACCCUGCUGUGGAAGAACCAAAGAAAGAGUGCACCCGCAAAGAAGCGCGCGUGUCCGUACAAGACGGGAGGCCCACGCUUUGUCCGUGCAGCCAAACGGAAGAGCGUGCAUCGGGACGGCUGUACGACAGU